GAAACCUAGAAAAUUUCAAUUGCAAACAAUUCUUUUCAAACUCCAGGAGUCCCGGGCCCCUAGAGUACCAUGCAACGAAGCCUCAAUGCAGUCCCAGAUCCUGAGCUCCCUCACUCAGCCGUCGCCGCCGUCCCCGGUCUGACUCAAAGAAUUCCUCUCUCCAGUCUUUCGCUGCAAUAUGCGGAUCGGAUUGGAUUGAACUGGAUUGCGGAUACCAUACCAUACCCACAUCGAGCCCAGCCAACAGUCGCAGUCAAAACCGGUCACUCCAAACCAGGUACUAAGCCGCUCCAAGUCUGCGGCAGAAAUACAUUCUUGCAGCGUCUCUUUCUGCUCUUACGCUGCUAACCUUAGGUACCCUACUCUCCAUUGCCUUGCCGCCUCUCGCCUCGCCUUAUCCGGAUAUUCGCAGCACAAACCAACAGUGCAUUCACAGUCAACCAACCCCUGGAGAGGGCCGCAUACAUAGCAUAGUGUACAUUCUGCAAGCCUGGGAACCGAGCCCACACCAUUGACAUCACUCCGCGCAUGCUGGACCCCAUCACCACCGUACUUGCUGUACUUUAAUCACCUCUCAGCGUUGCUCGUCUGCUUCGGGUCCAAGGUUUUGCUCACUCACCUCUCUCACUCGUUAUAUGUCGCUCACUUAACCCCCGACACAGGAAUACGGGGCAAAACCUGGUUUUCGGCCUUUCUGCCACCACUUGUGUCCUUGUUUACUCUCUUCCGCUGCCCGGUCCCUGAACCAUCCAUUUUCCGCCCCCCCGUCUCCGCCUUUGCCUCUCGGCUCGGCUCCCGUUUCUGUCCCUCCCGCAUCAACCAAACCAAGUACACUUCCCUUUCUACCCUGUUUCUAAUCCUGCUUUGUUCACUUGCUUUGCUUGCCGCCCUCAUUCCCAGGAGCCUAGCCGUUGGUGACUGUAUUCUCGGCUUCGCAGACUCGCGCUGAACCCAAGCCCGGACUGACCUGGCCGUCUUCUUCUUUGUUCAUCCCCCUCCUCCCGCAAUCUCCCUCUUCUCACCUCGCGAGCCAUGGCCGGGGCCAAGAAGAAGAAGAAGCCCGCCGCCAACCCGGCCAGAGGCUUCGCCACCACGUCCGUCGCAUCGUCCAAGCCUCGGACCGAACCCGCCGAGGGCGCCGAGACCGUCACCACGGCCGCUCCCAACGCCGCCGUAAACCAGGAUGCAGGCCCGCCCUCCGACCCUCAGUCUACGUCUGCUGGUGCCGGUGACAAGGCUACCAAGACCGAACUGAGCCCCGAGGAAUUUGAAAUGCAGCUGGACGAGUCCGAGCUGCAGCUUUUGGUAGAAAAGUACGCUCAAAAGACCAAACGGGAUGCCCAACGCCAGCGGACGAGGCUGGAGACCGACCGCCGCCUUCUCAGGGGUCAAGCCGACACCGUCAACUCGAGGAAAUGGCUGCCUCAAGAGUUGAUGGAUCAAGUACUUGAUCUGAUCCAAGCUGAGAGUCGGUUUGCGUCGUCCAGCGUCUCUACCGAGACUGCUGCUAGUGGGAAGCUGUUGCCGGAGGAGGACAUGACGAUCAAGUUAUGGACUCUGCAGCAAACGCUCACCAGCGUUGGCUUCCCCGAAGAGCGCGUGCAGGCCGUCAUGCGUCACAUCCUUGACAUCGCUCCCAAUAUACCGUCGAUUGCCAAGGACAGCCUUUGGGGCCUUGAAGAAGCCCUCGACUGGAUGGCCCGUGAAUGCCCAAGCGACGAGCUGCCUGACUACGAAGGCAGGGGCAAACAGGGAACCAGGCAACUAGACACCCCAGCUGAGAGUCCUCUGCCCUCAGGGGCAACCACCCCCAGGGCCUCUGAGCCCAGUGGUCGCCAAACGGGCGGACAAAGGUCCAAGAAGAAGGCCGUCGUGACUUGUGAUAGUGAUAUUGAACCGGAUGACCUGGUUCCAGUCUUCCUAGAAACGAAGGCCAAGUUGUUUGAACUCCAAACGAACCAGCAGGGCAAAAAGAAGCAAAGGAAUGAAGACCCUGCAGCGGAAGAAGAGGCGGGAAGACUGGCAAAGCUCCGGGCAAAAAUUGACAGAAUCGAGAAGGAUGUCUUGUUCGACAAGUUUGCUGCCGAGCAGCAGUGGAAAACUCAAAAGAUGGCGUUGGAGAAGGAGGCUGCUGCUGCAAGGAAGCAAAGGUUGCAAGAAGAGGCCGAGAAGGAGCCAGAAAACAAGACUGAAGAACCAGCCGCAUCCUCCGAUGGGGACAUCAACGACGAGGCCGAGCGUAUUGCUGUCGAAAUUCUUGCGCAGGGCGAGGAUGACGAGGAUGGCGGCCUCAGUGAUCUUUUCGCCAAUCUUCCUGUCACCGAGGUCGACGCUGCAGGCAACUCAGCCACCGUUCUGAAUGGCGCAGACGGCGUCAAGAUAACGAUCCGAGAUUUUGGGAAAUGGACUGGCGUCAGCCCCAUGCGAGCGUUGGAGGAGGCCUGCCGGGCAAGAGAUGCUGCGGCCAAGACUACCUAUCGCCUCAUUUCCGAAGUACCAUUCGCUAAUCGGCAUGCUGUAUCCAUCUCAUGGUCCAAGUCUCAGGAGAUACCGCCGCCGUCUCAGGAUGACAGUGUUGAAGUUACCGCCUACCCGUCCGGCUUCACCUUCAGCAUGAGGUCAGUUGCCACUCCCGACAAGAAACAGUCGGAAGCUUACGUUGCGACUUGGGCCUUGUUCCACAUCUUUGGCACCUCGUCCAAGGAGGAAAAGGUCGGGAUGAGGCUGCCCGUUGUCUGGCGUGAGCUGUGGGAUGAGCUGGCAGAGGCUCGCAAAAGCCGACUGGAUGCCAAGGACCGGGAAGCCAUCAGAGAGCUGCGGGCUCUCGUACGCCAGAGACAGGACCAAGAGCUUGAAGACGGUGUCAUCCUCCAAAGCGCUUUUAAGGGGAGGGGCACGGCCCGCAACCAGAUCGACAAGGGAGACGAAACCGCUCAGGAGGCUGCCAAGCGGCUCUCUGGCGGACCCGAGUACUACCAAAACAUUUGGGCCCAGAAGACCAAUACUCCCAGAUACCAGGCCAUGCUCCAGUCUCGCAUGCAACUUCCCAUGUGGAACUUCAAGCAGCAGGUCACGGACGCUGUCGACAGAGAACAAGUGGUCAUUAUCUGCGGAGAGACAGGAUGUGGAAAAAGCACCCAGGUGCCGGCCUUUCUACUCGAGCACCAACUGGCUCAAGGCAAGGCGUGCAAGAUUUACUGCACCGAGCCUCGGCGAAUUUCGGCCAUUUCUUUGGCCCGCAGAGUCAGCGAGGAGCUUGGCGAGGGUAGAAACGAUUUGGGGACUUCGAGGUCCUUGGUGGGAUACUCGAUUCGUCUCGAAGCCAACACCUCCCGAGAGACGCGCCUGGUUUUUGCUACCACCGGUAUCGUCAUGCGAAUGUUGGAGGGCUCCAACGACCUACGAGAAGUCACACACUUGGUUCUCGACGAGGUUCACGAGAGAUCCAUCGACAGCGAUUUUCUGCUUAUCAUCCUGAAGAAGCUUCUGCUGAGACGCCAGGACUUGAAGGUGGUGCUCAUGUCAGCCACGGUUGAUGCCGAGCGAUUCUCCAAUUACCUCGGCGGAGCACCGGUGUUGACAGUCCCUGGUCGGACGUUCCCUGUUCAAGUCCGCUACUUGGAGGAUGCAAUCGAAGCAACCGGCUACACCGUCGGCCAGAGCCCCCAGGAGAAGAUGGUCGAUCUCGACGAUGAUGUUGUCGAAACGACGGAAGUCGAAGGGCCCAAGUCCAUCGCCGGGGCCGACCUUUCGGCUUAUUCCGCCAAGACCAGAAACGCCUUGGCUCAGAUGGAUGAGUACCGGAUCGACUUUGACUUGAUCGUUCAGCUGAUUGGCAAAGUCGCUUCCGAUUCCGAGUAUGUAGCCUACAGCAAGGCUAUCCUCGUCUUCCUGCCCGGUAUCGCCGAGAUUCGAACGCUCAACGACCUCCUUUCCGGAGACCCUUCUUUUGCCCGCGACUGGUUCAUCUACCCGCUCCAUUCGACCAUUGCGACUGAGGAUCAAGAAGCCGCUUUCCUUGUUCCACCUCCGGGCAUGCGAAAGAUCGUGUUGGCGACCAACAUCGCGGAGACGGGCAUUACCAUCCCUGACGUGACAUGUGUCAUCGACACGGGCAAGCAUCGCGAGAUGAGGUUCGACGAACGGAGACAGCUCUCCCGACUCAUCGACACUUUCAUAUCCCGCGCAAACGCCAAGCAGCGACGCGGAAGAGCCGGCCGUGUUCAGGAGGGACUUUGCUUCCACAUGUUCACGAAGCACAGGCACGACACGAUUAUGAGCGAUCAGCAGACCCCGGAAAUGCUGCGCCUUUCACUCCAAGACCUGGCCAUCCGAGUCAAGAUUUGCAAGAUUGGGGGUAUCGAGGAGACACUCAGCGAGGCACUAGAUCCCCCUUCGGCCAAGAACAUCCGGCGCGCCGUGGAUGCGCUUAUUGACGUUCGUGCUCUGACUCCUGCCGAGGACCUGACCCCUCUCGGCAAUCAGCUUGCUAGGCUGCCUUUGGAUGUGUUCCUGGGCAAGCUGAUCCUGAUGGGCGCCAUCUUCAAGUGUUUGGAUAUGGCUAUUACCGUAGCCGCCAUCCUCUCGUCCAAGUCGCCUUUCACAGCACCGUUUGGGCAGCGUGCACAAGCCGAUCUCGUACGCAAGGGGUUCCGUCGGGGCGACUCGGAUUUGUUGACAGUGUAUAACGCGUAUCUCGCAUGGAAACGGGUGUGCCAGUCGACCAGCGCUUCUGGCGGGAAGGACUUCCAAUUUUGCCGGAAGAACUUUCUCAGCCAGCAGACACUGGCCAAUAUAGAAGACCUCAAGGGCCAGCUCCUGGUUUCGGUGGCGGACUCCGGGUUCCUCUUGCUGACUGACGACGAGAGACGAGCCCUCAAUCGGUUGCGGUAUGGCGCCAACUCGAGAGGGAGACGCCAUCAGAACUUCUUCGACAUCCCCCAACGCGUGAGCAUCAACAGUGAGAACGACGCCAUCACAACGGCAGUCAUCGCGUGGAGCUUCUACCCCAAGCUGCUGGUUCGUGACAACCCGGGAAGCCGGGGCUUGCGCAAUGUCGGCAACAACCAGUCCAUUACGCUGCAUCCAUCCUCCGUCAACAAGGGCCAUAAUGAGCUGAAAUGGCUGUCCUACUAUCACAUCAUGCAGUCCAAGAGUGUUUAUCACGCACACGAGACUACGGCUGCCGACCCUUUUGCCAUUGCUCUGCUGUGCGGCGACGUACGAGCUGACAUGUUUGCUGGCGUUCUCGUCCUCGAUGGCAACCGCUGCAGGUUCGCCCUGCCCGACUGGAAGACAAUGCUUGUCAUCAAGGUCCUCCGCACCAGGCUCCGAGAGCUCCUCACUCGCUCCUUCAAGCAACCGGGCAAGUUGCCGACGGCACAGCAUGAGCGGUGGUUGGCGAUUUGGCAAAAGAUUUUCUCGCAAGAGACGAACAAGGAAAACGGUACCACAGCCGUCAGCAAGGCAUAGAGUGUGAGCAGUGGACGAAAAGCCCGAGCUCGAGCCAUUGAUUCAGGCAUUCAUGGGCCCGGGGCCAGCUGACGUGUGAACGAGGGCCACCUUUCGUUUCACUCUGAACACGCGACUUCAUGGCGAGUGGCUGGGCGUCACAUGCUGGCGAUUGCGUUGUGGCAAGCAACGUCCACGGGGGGGAACAAUCUCUCGUUACACCUCUGAAUUCCCAGAGUAACGCUUAGAUAAAGAAUCCAGGAUGUAGAUCUAGCUAAGCACAAGAGAAGCCAUCCGUAGAGUCGAGGCAAACGAAAAUGGUCGAUGGAAAGCCCAUCGAGGGGCAAUGAGCUUUCAACGCCCCUUUUUCACGAUAGCAAACCUAGCAGACGACGACGGGCCAGGAUGAACUCUGCAUGAGAGAGGGCCUAAAUCAGUCAGUCUAUCAUGCUCUAUGUCAGUCCUGUCCCCGAUAGCGCACAGAAAGACAAGUAGCAUAACAUGUACGCAGAGAAUAGAAGUCAGUUGCGCCAUAGAACCCACACGAGGAAUAAUCGCAAC